AAAUACUUUUGUUUACAGGUUGGUUUCUCUUUCCUGGAGUGUCGCCGUUUUAUUGCCUCUCAGUCUGAACUGAGGGUCUAGAGAGAGAUACUAGAGAGCCCUGCUGGUAAGGUAUAGACGACUGGAGCGAAGAGAAUAGAAUACGCGCCUGAAUCUUGUUCUCUCGCAGUGAAUAUUUGUCAUACCACAAGGCAGCGCUGCGCCAAAUACCCGUCCGUGGCAGUUCACCCAGACGGCGAGCAAUGGCGUCGGCAAACGCCACGUCAAUUCGGGCCCUCACCAUGGAGCUGAAGGCGCUGCACAGAGACCCCGUGGAGGGGUUCACGGUGACGGUACCCGACGACUCGGACAUGUACGUGUGGCACGUCGCCAUUUUCGGUCCCCCUGACACCCCCUACCAAGGAGGCUACUUCAAGGCAGAAAUGAAGUUCCCAGUCGAUUAUCCGUACUCUCCACCAAGACUACGGUUCCUCACUCCCAUUCUCCACCCUAACGUCUACACAGAUGGGGAGCUGUGUAUAUCAAUCCUCCAUCCGCCAGGGGAAGACCCUCACAGCGGCGAGCGACCAGAAGAGCGGUGGAACCCAACACAGAGUGUUCGGACAAUUCUCCUGAGUGUGAUAUCGCUACUGAAUGAACCAAACACAUUCUCGGCGGCCAAUGUGGAUGCUAGUGUCCUCUACCGUCGCUGGAGAGACAGCAGAGGCAAAGACAAGCAGUACAUUGACCAGAUCACGAAGCAGAUUGAUAACUCGAGGAGAGAGGCAGAGUUGGACGGCGUUCGUGUCCCCACCACACUUGAGGAGUACUGUCAACUCUGCAAGCCCAAGACUCAGAGCCAGUCCAGUUACGACGUCGAAGACGAUCUCCUAACUACAGACGAUUACUACCAGGACAGCUCUGCCGACGAGCUCGAGUCGACCGCGUCUGAACAGACUUGUAGUGAUAUAGAAGAGGAUUCCGGGACAGCGUAGGUAGCUCCAGGCCAGCCAGCGUCCCAUAUCCCCAGCAGUGGCUAAUACAAUCAUUGCAGGCCGUCCUCUUAUCUCUCUCAGUCUAGGCCACACCCCACAACACAUUUGCUGUCAAUAUUGUUACAUAUCUCUGGUUUAUCUUCGAACUGUACCAUCUGUGAUUACUAGUGUUGUAUGUGUGUGCCUACAUGACGUCUUAUUUUCUGCUGCAUACACUGUAUUUUUAGUCGC